GUAAUCUACUUGAACUCUUAUUUUAUUACUAGUAGGAUGUAAUAUUCAACAUCAUUUUGAUGCUUUAUGUCAUACUCAUAUGUUCUUACAGUGAAAAAUGAUCAUGCCGCGAAUAAAGUUUCUUCGUCUACCAUCACGAAGUUAACGCAACGAGGGCGAUCAACAUGGUCGACAACAGCAUUACGGGUGGCACGGUUUCCCCGUCAAGUCAGGAUCGCGGUGGCUUAGAAUCGCUCAUACGUGAGACCAUCGACUUGUGGGACCUAGAGAGCGGAUGGAAGUACGUCAUCGAGCAGAAGCCUUCAGCAACUUGGUUACGGAGGUCCUUCUUCUUCUUGUCAUUGCUUAACCGUGGUCUACUUCGUUCAACCUAGUUGUACAGAUGUUGCAUUCAUCUUCCCUUUACUUAUACGUCAGCUACUGGUGAGAAAACGUAGGGUAAUAACCUCGUUGUAGCACUUGUGUUCUAUUUUUUUAAUUUGCUGCAUCUAUAUUUAACCUUUUUCAGUUACCACGAUGACGAAAAAUAUUUCAAAUUGUAUCGCUCUAAUGUGGGCAAGCAUUGAGCGUCGUGGCUGCAAAAAGUAUGUUGUUCGUAAUGCGGCUUGUUUUGGAAGUACAACGGGUGCAACUGGUCUUCUCCCGGGUUCGGGAAGUGCAACUAGAGGAGGCCAACAACAACAGACUUACGGCUGUUUCUGAAUGCGAAAGAUACAUCAGCAUCAUCUUGCUCUUUCAGCUUGUUCUGAAAGCGACGUGCUCGUGCAGCACUCAGACAGACUCAGAGGUAUACAACACUUAUUUUGUGGUAGUGUUGAGACGUCUAAAGUCUUAAAAUAUAGGCUACCAAAAAUGUGAUGAGAAAUAGAUACGGUUGCUCAGGAGAGCCGUGUUGUGUUUCCCUGUCUAAGAAAAGCGCUCCCUGACGAGAGUGGACUCCAAGCCCUGUGUCGGCGAUCUAGUGCGGAAUCAGAAGGUCGGAGAAGUUAGUACUAGCACGAAAAUGCAAGAGCAGGAGCAAAAGGCUUCGGUUUUUACAGUUACGUUUUCUCACAUUGACGGGGACGAGUACCACACGCCUGUGCCGGAUAGCAUAGCUCGCGUUCACUUUUACAUACUGCCAGAUGCUUCCGUUCGCUUCUCUUUCGAAGAGGACCGCACUGUCUUGCCGAGCGAGCGACCUAGCUCCGCACGACAUAUCCGCGGUCGGAUGAAAUUGGCUCUCUCGGAAAAGCAGAAGAUUGUGCAUUUACGGUGGUGCACUGAUAUUUAUAGAGUUAGAGGGACUUUCUACAUUUUCUUGCUAAGUCGGCCUUGUUGAAGUACGGCCUUAUGCGCCCCCAGUAUGUACUUAAUUUGUAUGAAAAAUUAGUUGAACGAGUUAAUUGAUUGUUUGAAAGGGCGGUGGCAUAUAGUCCUAACGCAAAAAAAAAAAACUCUACGGUGGUCGCGAAUGGCCAUAUCAGAGGCACACGCGUGACAUCUUGCAAGUACUUACAGCGUCGCAUCAUCCUCACUGUCUUCUGGAUGGAGGCUUUGUUACAGGAUUUUGGAAACGUCCGGGACACGCUGCUAGCACCAAGCGCAACAGCGCAAUAAAUACUUCGACUUACUACAUAAACAAAUCGAUAUCUAUGAAGGUUUAUGUCCUGCGACGCUCAAAGCACCAAGAAAAGCAACCGGUUAGUUUUCACCUCCACCACACUCUUAGGCUUAUCCCAUGCAACAGCAUAAACAUAAAGUAAGAAACAACAGGCGGAACAAGUGACUAGACAUCAUCAACAAGAUCAACAGGAUACUUACAACAACACAUCAUCUUCAAGCACCAGUAGACCUAGGAGAAUCCCCUUUUCUUCUAGGCCUACUGGUGUUUGAAGAUGAAUGAUUUCGUCUAAGCUUCACUGCCCUAUCGGCUCGGGGUGGGCGCGACGUUGUCAAAAGUGUGCUGUGGACAGACUUCGAGGAGGCCCGCUGUUUGCGAGGCCCUCUGAAGAGUCGGACCCGAUUUGGAAAACAGGGGCUCGCCGCGACCACGCUGCUCGAGGAGGAUCAUGCUGGAACUACACAAAAACGAACAAGCCAAUUCCAACUCCACGACGAUGAGGAAGAGCAUUUCUACCGGAUGGAAGAAGAUGCUACCUCAAUUGCAUUAGCAGUUGCUGCGGAAAAGAAAAGUUACGCGAAGAAAGAUGGCAAAGCGGCACCACAGGGGAACAUCAUCAAUGACAAUGAAAGAAAUGUUGAAAGACAAAAAAUGUCAGCUGAGUCUCAAAGGGCUGCCCCCGACCUGCUGACGGAUUUAAAGCAGCUCGCUGCUUUUCUUUGGAAUACGUUUGCUGCUGCCGAUGAGGAUAACACGGGUUUCCUGACCUUUGCGGAGCUCUACCGAUUACUUGAUAACAUCAAGGAGUUGCAUCCGCUGACCAAUUUCGACAUUCACGUGCUGGUGAGCCGCGCCAACGAAACCGAGUCUGGAACCGUAGAUUACGCUCGUUUUCUUCGCGAGCAGGCAGUUUUGUUUAUCCCAGCCUUAGCGCGCAGGAGAAGAAACAAUGGACAAGCAAAUGUAAUACUGCACCUCGUCUGAACUUAGUUCGUAUUCGGUUCUUCAUAGUAAGUAAAAAUAUCAAAAUCUAUAUAUGUACCAGGGAGGGAGGCCCCCCCCCCUGUGGAUGGAUCUGGGGUGGACCACGCCAGAGGGGUCCAGCCUUGCCACCUUAUUGGCCAGGCCUGUCGAGGGGCUGCCGGGCGGGAAGGCCUCAAAGCGCCCACUUCUGACCCCUUCCCGCUUCUUGCAUGUACCCUACAGACCUGGCAAAGGCAGCGCCCCGCUGGCUUGUUGCAUGUACCCGACAGACCUGGCAAAGGGGGCAAAGGCAGGGCCCCGCUGCCUUGUUGUGUGUACCCUACAGACCUGGAAAAGGUGGCAAAGGCCGGGCCCCGCUGCCUUGUUGCGUGUACCCUACAGACCUGGAAAAGGUGGCAAAGGCCGGGCCCCGCUGCCUUGUUGCAUGUACCCUACAGACCUGGCAAAGGGGGCAAAGGCGGGGACCCACCCCCUUGGCGUAGGGUUGGGCACGGGCAACAAGGCAGCGGGGCCCGGCCUUUGCCACCUUUGCCAGGUCUGUCGGGUACAUGCAACAAGCCAGCGGGGCCCUGCCUUUGCCAGGUCUGUAGGGUACAUGCAAGAAGCGGGAAGGGGUCUCAAGUGGGCGCUUUGAGGCCUUCCCGCCCGGCACCCCCUCGACAGGCCUGGCCAAUAAGGUGGCAAGGCUGGACCCCUGCAAGAAGCGGGAAGGGGUCAGAAGUGGGCGCUUUGAGGCCUUCCCCCCCGGCAGCCCCUCGAAAAGAGGGGCCGGGGCGGGGAGGCCCCCCCCCUCAAAAGGGGGGGGGGGGGGGGGCCUCCCGCCCUGAGCCCUGGAACAUAUAUAAAUAUAUAUGCAGGCUCAUCUCCUUCUUCCUCUCAUCUUGCCGUCUUGUACUUGUUUGUAUUAACAGUGCCAUGACCUGGUGGAUGAUCAUCUAGUAUUCUAAGUACUUGAAUCAGUCGACUUCCUUAUUCGUACUUGUUAUGUUGAUACACAAUAGAAGUAGCUCUUGCUCUUGCAGUGCUGUCCUCUAUGCAUUUAUUCCCUGAAAGUGUCCAACCACGACCACCUAGGUCCGCAAGCAUAGCACCUUCCUCGGAGGGAUCGGCUUAGAGCUGCUGUUACAGCUACAGGAGACAGAGCUUGCGGAGUCUGCGCGAGUUUUACAGGGCCUGCGUGAGGGUUAUCUCAACAAGGACAGACGUAAUUUGCGGUGGCAAGUUCGAGAGCUCCUAGUGAAGUCUAAACGCUUUACGCAAUUAGAGGUGGCGAUGAUGAUGACGCGGGUACCCCAAACUGCGCUCUACAACGAAGAUUUGAUCCGGCACUUGCUGGAAACAAGGGUAGCGUUUUAUCGCGACUUCGCAGCCAGCUGCCUGGGACAGGACAGUGCUCCCGGAAAAGCUCUCUCACAACUAGCUACCUCAGCAAUACCUGAAAUAAACGAACAAGCUGAUGAUGAACCUACGACAGGACAAGCAGGAAGAGGAACAGGACAAGAACAAGAUGUGGGCGAAGAAGGGCGAUUGGAUUCCAAAGCGAGUAGUGCUUUUUCAGGAGGCAGUAGUCGAAAGAACAGUAAGAAUAUAUCAACGGCAGCGUCGUCUCUCCCGACCACUACUACUCUCUCUCCCAACGAUGAAUACAGUGAAUAUUACAGCGAACAUCUAGUGGCAGUGCUGGCCGAGCUCAUCUGCGCCGAACGUGACGUCUCCUCACCGGGAGUAGGGCAUGCAGCUCAUGCCUCGGGAAAUGUAGGAGCCGCAUCUGGAGCAGGUGCUGGCGGAGCAGUAGUUUCGACAAAUGGUGAAGCGGCACAGGGUUCAUCUUUUUCAGCUGCAAAUGCCGCAUUUUCAACAAUGAGUAGCACCAGCAGUCAUCGGAUGCGACCUCUGCUCUACUUCCCCGAUGAACGACGGCUGUUCGCGCCUGUCUGGUACCUGCGUGAAGCUUUGCUGCAGCAAACGGAGUUGCUGCUUUCACGGACGCAAGUGCACGCUAUCUUAUGCUGCCUCCCGAUCUGCAUGGAAACCGGGUUAGUGGACGUUGCUGCGUUUCUUGCCUGUGUUCGCCGUUGCGUGCGGCAGUUCUUCUUCGGAUUCCUCGAAAAGCAAAUGCUAGCCGCGUCAUCUUCGGGCCAAACUAUGAUUGAAAGGUGAUUUUUCAUUAGACCGAAAUCUAUGUAUAAUGAUAAUCUAGUAAAAAUAUGUUGAACUACUUGAAAUCUUAAUCUAUGAUCUGGAGGUCGUUGCGUGGAGAGUAUCAAGCCAUUUUUCACUCGUUGUAAGGGUAGAACACUGUAGUUUUUGUUGAACACUCACGUAGCUCUAAGAAGGCAGCAGGUGGCUCGGGAGCAGCAGGACAACAGAAUGACAUGCUGAAUACAACUGGUGGUCAAUUAGCGUUUGGAAAGACGGUUUCUAUAAAUGCGCCUGGUCGUCCAACAGCCGCCACGGGGAUUGGUCUAGAUUACGGCAAUGACCGAGAAAGCAUCGCUUCAGCUCGUGAUCCUUGGCCUCUUUUUCAAAGGGAAAAGAAGUGUGCAAGGAAGAUACGACUUGAGAGUUCAUUUCAAGGAAGACGCGAUGUGGUUGUACAACCACUGAGUAGUUGUACAGCCACAUCGCGUCUAAGUAGAUCAACACGGAAAGGAAGAGGAGCGCUUGCGACGCGAUCUCGUGGAAAGGGACGUGAUACAAAUGAAUUUCUCAAAGAAGUUGAUUGACAUUGGCACGCUGCUGCAGAUCGCACGGAAGGACCUGGCUUCAGCUCAAUUUUCACCGUCUGAAGCCCGUGGCUUCGUCGCGGAAGCACAGCUUGUCACGUUAAAUAGCUUAUGAAAUUCAUAGGGUUGCUGGGAUUUGAUCUGAUGAUUAUAAUUAUGACUGUAUUGGUUCUUAUUUUUCUACCGCGACCUCCUGUUGAAUUUAAGUAACAAGGAGAACCACACCUCCCCUACAAGCAUGCGCCGCGUAGGAAUAAUGCGAACAUAGCCAUAGCUCUAACGUCUGCUGCGGGUACACAGCAAGCGUCUACCUCUUCGCAGUUAUUUGGCCAGGCAAAAUGGAAUAUAGCAGCUUCUUUGUCUGGACAACACAAAAUCGAAGGUGGCACAGACACAACAGACGUUACCAUUCAUCAAAACAGUCAUGCAGGAGGAGAGAGGAGACGAGGAGGUGCUGAAGAUAAUGCUGGCACUGCUGGCGCGACAUGUGGAGAUGUCUUCACAUUUGUGUUGGGAUGUCAGACCGACGUGCCUUGGGCCGAUCACGUACGUGAAGAGUUGUCGCGCUUAUACGAAUUUCGCCGUGAUGCAAACCUACAUUCUUUUGUGGAAGCGUUCGAAUUGGACGAGUCUAGUGGAGGAACCGCAACCGGAUACUCAGACGAGAACAAGAUGACAGAGGAGCAUAGGAGCAAAAUAGAUGAUCGCCUUUUGGCGCCUCUUGUUGCACUUGCCACGGAAUUCGGCGUAAUAGGACGAAAUAUCACGACGACGAGCUCUAGUGGAGGAACGUUGCCGACAGGACAACUGAAAUUAUGAGACGAGAUAAGCAAGUAUAAGUAUUUGUCCUGAAGACGUCGUGGCAGCUCAGGCUCCUCGAAAAAGCGAUGGGGGAUCCGAUCUCGUCUAUGAACUCCUUUUUGUUGAGUCUGAAAGUUAAUGAUUUUCCAUGUCUGUGGUCUCUAAUGAGAGCAAAACCGAAAGGACGCGGCGUUCGUUCGUACAACAUUCCUCUAUUGCUUUCUGAUAUGGCCGUGUCGCCUGGAGCUGGGCUCUCAGUAGGCUUCACACCGCACAGCUACCUUACUUAUGCCUUUGUUCCCUAGUAAUUCAAUCAUGAUCUUCAUCUUCAAACGUAUGAUCCGAUGUAUCUUCUUGGUCAUUUAAUUAUCAUAAUGUAAUAGAGUCUGCACUGAACUUUGUGCGAGAUUAGUUGUAGUGUAUUGUACUAGAGGAAAUAGAAGUGGUCGUGGUGCCUCGUCCUCGUCAAGGGCACUCUCAUUUUUUUUCGAACUUUUAUUUUAGUCUCUAAUUUUCUACCCUACUCGUCGCUGGUCACCAGAAUGGAAGUGUGAUGUCCGCAAACGGUGGCGAGCUAACUAACGGCAACAAGAAUGACCACAACUCAGCAGGUGGAUCGGGUUUGCGCGCAGGUCCUGGAUCAAAAGUUAGGGCUUCAAAGGCAUUAUAUCAAAUGGUCAGCUUUUUUCCAUCUUUCUCGGCAUCUUGGUCCCCUUUUGCCUUGUAUUCUCAUGAAAUACAAGGGAACGGGGGUCGAGAUGAGGGGGCCAAGAUGCAAUCUAGCAGACUCCAAUUAUAGAUGAUCUCCAGGAAAUUGGCCAAGAACGAACAGAGGGAUAAUUCUGAAUGUUAAUGCCAUCAUGUACAUGAUUUCUAUUUUAUUUCCUUCUCCUGGCUCUUAUCUCACGCCUCAACCGCUAUUUUUAUUUCCAAGUAGCAACAUGGUAGCUUUAAGAUAGAACGGAACGCCCGCCGAGCAAGUGUCGAUCAGAAGAGACGAGGCAGUGCGGAUGCGGGUCUUGCUAGCCUCAGCUUGGCCUCGCAGCGUCGAGGAUCAGGUAUCUGGGCGCAGAGGCGCGGGUCCGCGGGAACCUUCUUGGAAAAGGCAGCGAAUAAAUGAAAAGAAGAUGAUGUGGCACAAGCAAUUAUUUAGUACAAGUACUAAAAGUACAUGUACAAUUGCGACGUGUCCGUGUCGUGCGAUUUAUGUCUAAUGAAGAGACUGACAUGAUGAUUUUCACUGGAGAUACUUUUGAUAUUAUAGACGCGGCAUUUAUGUUGUAGCAAUGUCAUGUCAUUCUGUGAGUGUGCUGUGAGUUUUCCGCAGCACGAGGAGCACCCUGGAGCAAUCCUCAUAUAAGUCUUUUCAUCUUUGAAAUACCACCCGUGCGAGGUGUUUUCUUCCCUGAUCAUGAUAAGGUACUUGCUUUACUACAUCACAUCAAGGACUACAACUACAUCACAUCAAGAACUACAACUACAUUGAUUUAGGUAGAACAUACUUAGAGAUACACUUCUUCUUCUUGACCACGUCUUGGAGCUUCGAACAACACAAGAAUUAUGCUAUGUAGUGUUUACAUCGUAGUGGGGGAUGCACGAUAAAGAUUAGAUGAAGUAGACGUGGAAAAACUGUUUGUUCAACUUCAACAAUCACCAAAGGGUUUCUUGCGCAAGGUGCUUUAUGACCUAAAAAGAGCAGUCGCGAAUAAGCUUGGAAACAUUUAACAAGUACUAGUAGUACGAUAGUUGCUGGUACAAGUAGUCUAUUUGCAUCUCAAAUAUUAAGUAGCUAAAACAUCAUGGCGUUUCAAGUUCAACAUCUUCAUUGUAGGAUCGACGAUUCACCGAAAUAUACAUCGAUUGAGCUACUAGACUAGUACUCCUCAUAUUUGCAGAAUCUAUGAAAAUUGCCAACUAUGAUCAUAAUUCCGCUAGAAAUCCGAAACGCUGCCUCAGGGCCCUGAGCAGAGAGGAAUAAAAGCUCAAGAGCAUCUGAAGCUUGACCAAAUACAUA